AGUUAGGGUUGUACCUUGGUGCACGUUACGUUCUUGCAAGCUUACCGUGUCAACCAGCCUCUCUGUCAGUCUUGUGCAGACUUGUACUUGAAGCGGCUCCCAUUCCCCGUGCUGGUUGCUGUCACAACUCAUCGUGCAACAAGAUUUUGUCGCGGUACUUUUUUGCACAAGUCGGGUCCCCACGAUGAGACAUCAAUUUUCCUAUUUCGAGCAGACCAAGAAGCAGAUUGCACAGAUCAUUGGGCGACCGGCGACCGACGAUUUGAUCUACAACGCCAUCUACUCAUUCACAAUCGGGGGGAACGAUUACAUGAACAACUACCUAGCGAGCGCAAUAAAUACCAAGAAUAUGUACACCCCGCAGCAGUACCAAGAUCUUCUCAUCAACAGCUUCAAAAGCCAGAUCAAAACUGGCUACUAUUUGGGGAUUUUGAAGUUCAUCAACUCUAACAUCGGUCCCAUUGGGUGUGCACCUUCAGUCAGUGAAGAGGUGAAUGCGUCGAAGAGGAACAAUUACGCCGUAGGAUUCAAUGCCGCCUUGAAGCCCAUGUUGGAGAGAUUCACAGAUCCAGUGUCCACGGCCUGCUGCGGCGUAGGCAAAUACAUCAGCAUCGACGGGGCGUGCCGCACCAUCUCACGCCUAUGCCCCGACAGAGCUAAGUCGGUGUUUUGGGACGCUUUCCACCCGACGAAGAAGAUGAACAAGAUCUGCAACAAUCAGUUCCUCUUUGGCGGCCUGCACGCCAUCAGCCCCAUUAAUGUGAAGAAACUGCUGGCCGUGUAACACGGAGCCCAUAAACACGACCCACUGCAGGAAAACAGGCUAGGAUUGAUCAGCGCAUGGUGCAUUACCGAUUGAGCAAUUCUAGAUUGUGGCGCCCUCAUCGCUAGCCGGUGACGCUGUCAUCUUGUAUCCACGCUGGGUGCGGCGUUACCUUUCCUCACCGCCACCAAUAAUCUACCAUAGUGUGCAUGGCCUUUUGGAAUGAGAUUCCUUCCAUACAACUUCACAUGUUGCCUCUCAGGCAAGCUCACUUGCAAUAAAACAAUACAAAAAACAUCCUUUGUAGUG